AUGGUUUCUCAAGACCAAAGUAAGGACUUUGGCUCCAAAAAAAAUGGAGGUAAGGAGCUUGGAAUGGUAACUCCUCAAGACAAGCCCUUGAAGAAGAUGAAGUUUGUUUCAUCUGCUGAGACAGAACCAACCAGCAUGAUAACAAUUUAUGAGGAUUCAAAGUCAGGUCGAGGUAUGAGCACAAUGCCUCGUGUUGUGAAGAAAAAAUUUCAGAAAAUCAAGCCAGUUGUUGAGUACAAUAAAAGGGGGAAAGGAUGUGGCCCUGCACAUACUGAGAUGCAGUCCUACAUUGGUGUGUUGGCACGCUCCAGAGUCCCACUUGUGGACAAGAAAUGGGCUGAAAUUCCCAAGAAUAUAAAGGAGCAUAUUUGGGAAGCCGUUGACAUGGCUUUUGUGGUAGGUCAAGCGGGCAAGAACUCGGUGUUAUCUUCUGCUGCCAAGAAAUGGAAGGAUUUCAAGUCUACACUAACGAGGCAUUAUAUCCUUCCAUACAUCAAAGAGAGGGAGAAAUUAAGCCAACCCCCUGAAAUAUAUAAAUUCAUAGAGAAAGCAGAAUGGGAUGCCUUUGUAGCUUCAAGGUUAUCCAAAGAAUUUGAGUCUGUGAAUUCUCAACAUUCACAGAUUAGGGAGAAACUUGAGUACAAUCAUCGAUUGUCUCGAAAAGGAUAUGCUGGUUUGGAGGAUCAAUUGGAGGAAACCAUGCCUGGGGAUGAAUUGCAAAAACAAGUCUCGGAAGGCAGUCUCAGUGUAUCUGGCGGCAAUGAUGUGUUGACCAUGGCUUUGGGUCCUGAGCAUCCAGGGAGAGUGAGAGGGGUAGGUGCUGGGAUUUCUCCUAGGCAGUACUUCAAUUUACCCAAACAACAGAGGAUUAAGUUUGCCGAUCAUUUAAAGGAAAGUGUCAGAAUUGUCCUUCAAGAAGAGACUAAGAAGAUGGAAGCUAGCAUGCUUAAACCGAAAACUAGCCCCUGUCAAAACCAAAGUCCCAAAAAUCCAAUGUCUGACAAAGCAAGCUGCUCUGGGGCUGAUGUGAGAUCCCUACAUUUUGAGGAUGAUAUUGCCAAAAAUGGGGAACAACAUGAAGAAACGGGUAUUGAAGUAGUUGAUUAUUCAAAUGUGGAGGUGCCAUCUUCCUUACAAUCCCUUUGUCGUUAUGUGAAAACGACACUAAAGCCUCAGGAGAAGAUCAUGACCUUCACAAUUGAGAAGGAGGUGUUUGGUGCAGAUCGCAGUACCUUCGUCUUGCAUGAAGAUAUUACACAGUUAGCAGGCAUGGAAGAAAUUGGGGCUAUUCUGGUUGCAUGCUUAUAUGAUUGUUUGAGAGAAGCAAAUAUGUGCAGCAUGGUUGGCUUUAUCGACCCUGCUCAAGUUAGUGCCAACGUUGGGUCACUAACUGAUAGAUCACGAGUUGUAGCCAGUCGACUUCAGAAGACAGAUGGUGAACAGAUUUUCAUGAUGCCUUACAAUCCAGGUCGUCAUUGGGUCUUGCUGAUUGUGAGAGCAAAGAGGGAAACCAUCUAUUUUUUGGAUCCUCUGCCCGGAAAUCGUGUGGUUGAUGAGGACGGCAAAAACAUCGUGAACAGUGCUUUAAAAAUUUAUAAUUCCCACAUAGGCAGACCAGGCCAUAAAGCACCAAUUUGGAAAACUCUGUUAGGCACACCAAAGCAACCCAGCAGUGUCGAAUGCGGGUAUUAUGUGAUGCGCUUCAUGAGGGACGUCAUCAUGGAUCCUUCCUUAGAGUUUGAGAAGAAGGUGAGAAGAAAAUUUUCAGAAACAUUUUAUGUGGUUUUUUGUAUUAUCAAUGACGAUCCUUUAAAAUUACCGUCGUUGAAUCGAUAUACUACGUCGGUUAUGAAAAAUAGCGUCGUCUGUGAUUGA